AUGGUAAAAGACGACCCGCGGAAGGGCCGUCCCGGCAGCAGCAAGAAGCGGCCCUCCAGCCAAAUCGACUCCGCCUUACCCCCAAGCAAGCGGUCCUGCUCCAUGUCUCCAACAAAGGUGCCAAGUACCCCACCCAAUCGGGUUCAUCGGCGCAUCAUUCUCCGGGAUUACGGCAAACCCAUCUACGAGGCGAGCUCUCGAUCAGCAUUGCUUGCUGCCCUGGUAUGCUGCAUUGACGCCCACGAGUCUUUGUCCAAGGCAGGCAUUCUCCAUAGAGACAUAUCCAUCAACAAUCUCAUGAUCAAUGAGGAUAGUCGCAACCCAUCCUGGCCUGCCUUCUUGAUUGAUCUUAACCUGGCCAUUCGAGAGCCAAGAGAGGGGUCCUCUGGUGCCAAGGGAAAGACUGGUACGCGGGCGUUUAUGGCAAUCGGGGCGCUGCUCGGCGAGCAGCAUUCGUUCAUGCACGACCUAGAGUCGUUUUUCUGGGUGCUUUUCUGGAUAUGCAUUCAUUAUGAUGCAGAUGGCAAAGAUGUUGGCCCGACCGGGUUUGAUAGGUGGAACUACGAGAGCGAUGACACGUUGGCUGAGCUCAAGAUGGGUGUAGUUGCUGACGAGCAGUACUUUCAGCAAAAGAUUACGGAGAGCUUCACUGCACAAUACCAGCCACUCGUGCCCUGGGUCAAGAAGCUACGAAGGGAAGUAUUCCCUAGUGGACGUAAAUGGAACAGUUCAGAGCCUGGACUAUAUUCCUCCAUGAGGCAGGUUCUUGACGAUGCACGGAAGGAUCCAGAAGUGCUAGCAAACACGUAA